CUGCACAGCAGGGCAGGGCCACACAGUCACUGAAGAGCUGCUGCAGCAGGACAUGAUGGUGCUUUGAGGACUACUCUACCAUGCAGUCCACCAUGAAUUUCAAUGGACUUCAACGCCAGGGCAGCCAAGAGAAUAACAUUCUGGAUAAUAAUCCCAGGAAGAAAAGUUCUCUGUGGUCCCGGCGUUCUCUGAGGGGGAUCAAUGAUCGACACAGGCAGAACACAAGCUCUCUGCCCAGGGUGUGCAAGCCCAAACAAACCCACUGCAACGCACUGGUUGAUUACGCUGACCCACAAAGGACCACAAUCGUCCUGGAGAAACAAGACAAUGAAACGUUUGGUUUUGAAAUUCAGACCUAUGGCCUGCAGCAGGUGAACAGCUCUGCAGUGGAGAUGUGCACUUUUGUGUGCAAAGUGCAGGAGGACAGCACUGCUGAGAGUGCUGGUCUGACCGCAGGAGACGUUAUUGUCACAAUCAAUGGGGUCAGCAUUGAAGGAUCCUCUCAUCAGCACAUACUUGAUCUGAUAAGAAAAUCAACCAACACCCUAAAGAUGGAGACCGUAUGCGGUAACGUAGUGAAGCAGAUAGAACUGGAGAAGAGGAUGAACCUGCUUAAGCAAUCACUACGUGAGAAAUUGGUGGAGCUGCAAGCGCUGACAUUACAGGAAACACGUCUAAUGCGAGGUAACCUGAGAGACAGCAGCUACCACCUCUCCAUGGACUCUUCUUUCAGCUCCCCCACAGUCUGCCGCGGCCGGCGGUUUUCCAGUGACAGUAGUUACAGGAGUGUGAUGACAGAUGACAGUGACCAGGCCAGUGUGUUUGGGGAUGUGUGCUCUCCCAGCCCCUGCAGUGCAGCUAGCACCACAGACGACAACUGCUUCUUCUCCAAAGAUUUUCCCUCGCAGGACCGCUCCGGCAGGUUUUCAUCGACCUCAAGCUAUCAUCACCAACCCCUCAGCCGCUCCAGCAGCUCCAGUUUUGCCGGCAGCAGCGGCUCCCUCUCUCCUUCGUGGGAGGAAACAAGGAUCUCCUCCUUGUUCGGUACCUUGCCCAGGAAAACCAGACGAGCCAGUGUUCGCAAACACAUCCUCAAGUUAAUUCCCGGACUCCAACGAUCAGUUGAAGAGGAGGAGAUGGGAACAAACGCUCAGUGACUUGUUGUUCACAUGCUCCUUGUCUCUAAUUGAUACUAAGGGUUAACAAGGUUUUUCAUGCUCUGAGACUCUGUAAUGAGCUGCACAUGCUUAAAAGGUUGGGUCAACCAUUUAAAAAUAAUAAUAGCUGUUUGCUUUGAUGGAGACACAGAGAAGACGGACAUUGUGGCACUUGGCAUUUGUCAGUGUCAAAGUCGACUCAAGAGGGGCCUAAGCCUUGAAAGUGAGCGUGGCUCACGGUUUGUCUUAGACUGAUGGCACAAAAAGCAUUAUGAAAAUGUAAAAUGUUCUCCUUUGAACAAGUGUGUGAGUGAAUGUAUACAUCAGAUUGUAAAUCAUAAAAGAUGAAAUUAUAUAUCCUACUGACUUGAAAAAAAAAAGGAUUUUUUUUCCCAUGCCACAAUCACAGUGUGAAAAGCAUUAAUCAGAACAGUUUGAAAUGCAGUAGCUGUACUCACGUUGCACCUUGAAUUUUAAAAGGAAACUAUUCUGACUUAAAAAAAAACAUGAGAAUGACUCCUUUUAUUUCAAUAAGAGAAACAUUUAAGCAACACUUCCGUCAUGUUCAGUUGCUUGAAACAAAAACGUACAAAGUUCUACAUCGUGUGGAUGGCUGGCUGCUCUGUUCAAAACAGGAUGUGGGUACUACUUACCUGUUCUCAUUUCCAAAAGUAUUUUCAGACUAUCUACAACUUACUUUCAGUAUUCAGAAACACUGAAACUGCUUCUUGUAAAUUCUAAAUGUACUGAAAUUUGUCUGUCUCUUGGAGUGGAAAAAAAUGCUUUUCUGAGA